AAAUUUACGAGAGUAUAUAAAUAAGGGGGAGAAAUUCUACGGGAAGGGGGCGCGAAUUGGUUGUGCAAUAGUUGAUUCUGGGUUCUGUCGAAAGCGUUUCGUCUUGUCGGAGCUUGAAUGGAAGCUUACAAGAAAUGGGUAUGGAGAAAUCGAGAGUAUGUUCAAUCCUUGGGAUCCCUUGCCAACGGAUUGACAUGGCUGCUUCCUGAGAAGUUUUCUGCUUCAGACAUUGGACCAGAAGCAGUAAGCUCUAUUUUCGGCAUGAUCACAACUAUCCAUGAACACAUAAUUGAAACUGCUCCUAGCCCCGUGCAUGUGGGAUCUUCCGACCCUGAUUCACCUCCUUAUCCGCUGUUCAUCUCCAUCCUGAAGGACCUGGAAACCCUUGUGGAGGUCGUAGCUGAGCAUUACUAUGGAGACAAAAAAUGGAACUUCAUUGUGUUCACUGAAGCUAUGAAGGUUAUUUUUAGGUUAGCCUUGUUUCGCAACAGUGGAUAUAAGAUGCUUCUACAUGGUGGCGGGAUACCUAAUGAUGGGAAGGACACCGAUAGUUCUGAUCUACAAAAUAGAACUGGCGGUUCCGGGAAGCUGGAUAGGAGUCAAGGUCCUUAUAAUUUUGGAAACUAUAAUCAUCAUAACCAGUGGAAUUCAGAAGGAAGGGCGAUGACAGCGUUAAGUAGAUUUGGUCAAAAUGCGAAGAUGGCAUCCAACUCAAGUUGGUCAUGGAGAGAUCAUCAUCAACAUCAACAUUCUGUUACACAGCUUCCAUCUCCUGCAAUUGAGAGGCCAACGCUUUCUAUGCUAUUGUCUGAGAAAGGCAUCUGUGGAGCCUUAUUUGUCAUGGGUGAAACACUGUUCAUAAUAAGGCCACUCAUUUACGUUCUCUUCAUCAGAAAAUAUGGUAUCCGGUCUUGGGUUCCGUGGACCGUCUCUCUUGCUGUGGACAUCUUUGGAAUGGGAAUUCUUACACAAGUUGCCAACGCAAUAUGGUGGGGCGAGAAGGGCAAGCAGGUCCAGUUUUUGACGGCUGAAAAAGACGAGCUUAAGAGACGAAAGCUUUUGUGGGCGCUGUACCUCAUGAGAGAUCCGUUCUUUACCAAGUACACAAGGCAGAAACUGAAAACGGCUCAAAAAACGCUGGAACCAGUUCCGAUGAUUGGGUUUCUCACAGAUAAAAUCGUGGAGCUUUUGGCCGGAGCUCAGUCACGGUACACGUACAUGUCCGGAUCGUAGGCCAUAUGCGUGAAAAAAGAUUUGGAGAAGCCAUUGUUGGAUGCUUCAAGGACUAUACGAACUGGCGAGAAAGAACAGAAAGCAAGCUCUUGCCACAUUCUGAAUCUAACCUUUGGUACACUCGCAUCCAAUCUUGCAUCAUAGAUCAGUUAAAUGUCAUUACCUGUAUGCCGCAUAGGUCUUGUCUUCUGUUGUUAUUUUUUGCGACUGAACAAAAAAAGAUAUAUUUAAGAUAUAAUUUCUGGAGGUUAAUAAAACAAAUGUAUCAGAUGAUUUUUGGGUUUCAAUUUCGUGGAUAAAAGGCCUAUAUUGGGUAUAAA